UUUCUCAGCACCUAGUUGCCCAACCCAGCAUUUUGAAUGGUUUCUGAGGACAGCAACUGGAACAGCAGCGACACCAUGUCCGAUACGGACAUGCACGAUUCGAAAAAUGGCGUUUGCGGUGGUGCUUCCAGCUCCAGCGGCAGCUCGGGCACCCCACGAACCAAGCCGAAUUGUGCCCGCUGCCAUAACCAUGGCCUGAAGAUCAAACUGAAGGGCCACAAACGUUAUUGCAAAUAUCGCUUUUGCAAUUGUGAAAAGUGCCGGCUGACCGCCGACCGGCAACGGGUCAUGGCCCUGCAGACUGCACUGAGACGGGCCCAGCAACAGGACGAGGCACGCAUAUUGCAGAUGCAUGAAGUGCCACCGGUUGUACAUCCACCAACGGCCCUGUUGAAUGCCCAUCACCAUCAUCAUCAUCCGUUGCCGCAUCACAUAACGCAACAGCUGCAUCAUCAUCCCCAUCAUCCGCAUCCACAUUUGGUGGAUGCUUCAGCAGUGGCUGCGGCGGCUGCUGCAGGAGUUGGUGUUGGCCCGGUACCCGCUCAUCAUAUUGCUGCUGCUGCUAUACCCACAAUACGUUCUCCGCCACACAGUGAUCACAGUCCAAAUGGCGGAGGUGGUGGUGGAGGUUCGGGAGGAGGAGGCGGUGGGGGUGGUGGAUCAGCUGGAGGAUCAAAUGGUGGCGGUGCUAGUGGCGGUAAUGGUGGUGGCGGAAGCAGCGGCGUUGUUCCUAGUUCCUCCACCAUGAAUGGCAUGGCCAGCAGCAACAGUGCUGCAUCGAGUUCUACAGCACCACCACAUCACACCCCUCCGGAUCAUACACAUCAUCACCACCACCAUCAUCAUCCACAUCCCCAUUUGGUAUCGGUGCCAUCCACCGCACAAUCUGUCGACAGUUCGUGUGAUUCGUCAUCACCGUCGCCGUCAUCAACAUCGGGUGUGGCAGUACCGGUAUUGGUACAGAAUCGUAAGCCGAAUCCAGAACAACAACAGAAUGGUGCUGAUAUGUCUAUAGAUCUAAUAUUAGAUUAUUGCCAAAAAUUAAUAGAAAAAUUUGGUUACCCGUGGGAGAUGAUGCCACUCAUGUAUGUGAUACUAAAAGAUGCCGGCGUUGACAUCGAUGAGGCUUCAAAGCGCAUUGAAGAGGCCAUACAAUUGUUUAAGCAAUACGACAGUCUGAUAAGCAUUUACGAUGGUCACGAAUGGCGUAGUAAAGCAAGUCUGAAACGUAAGGCGGAAAAUGAUGCCAGAUCUGUGGCGGAAUGUGAUGAGACAACCAAACGUAUGAGAAUAGAGGCUACAGAGCAUUUAAAUCAACUGACACAAACCUACUACAAUUAUCAGCGUUAUGCCGCAUUACCACCGGUCUAUUGGGGCUAUCCGUCCAUACAGUUUGGUCGUGCCGUCUGGACGGAAUUACCAAAUCCCAAUUUUGCCGCAAUUAUACCACCUCAUCUAGCUGCCACAACACCCGAUGGUCCACAGUCCCUAUGUCGACGGUCACCAAGUCCAUUUAAUAAGAAUAGUCGGCCGGGCAGUAGUUUAGAUAGUGAAUCGACGACGGUCAAUUCGCUGUCAACACCAACGACAACAACAUCAGCCGCAGGAGUUCUAGCAGCAGCAGCGGCAGCGGCGGCCGCAGCAGCUGCCACGUAG